AGAACUAGGGUUAUUAGGACUAGGGUUAGUAGGAUUAGGGUUAGUAGGACUAGGGUAAGUAGGAAUAAGGUUAGGAUGGUUAUGAGGACUAGGGUUAGUAGGACUGGGGUUAGGACAAGGAUUACUAGGGUUAGUAGCACUAGGGUUGGUAAAACUAGGGUUAGCAGGACUAGGGUUAGUGGGGUUGGGACUAGGGAUAGCAGGGUUCGUAGGACUAGGGUUAGUACCAGUCCUACUCCCAGUGACUCCUGCCCGACAGCUGGUCUCUCAGGUAACAGGAGGCUGCACUGAGCAUGCUCCACACGAGACCCAGGUAACCCUACCUCACACUUAGACACACACUCACUCACACACACACACACACACACACACACACACACACACACACACACACACACACUCACAGGGUGUUUAGUGGACUCCAUGGUUUCCUGACUUGGUCUCUCGGAGGCGGAAGGGGGAAUAUCCUGGGAUAUCGUCUCUGGAGCACUGCUUCCCUUCCUGGAGUGAGGCGGGCUGGACCGUACCACCUCAUCUGUCCCGGGGGGCGCUGGCUCCACCACAGGUCACAACUGUACUCACAACAGACUGGAGUUGGACCGAGACCAGUUAGUCCAGGAGGUAGUGCCGUACCAGACCAUCAGAGCCUGGGGAGACCUUCUGGUGAAGUGUUGGAUCAGCCCCUCCGGGGGGGGAUCUGCUCUCUGGUCAACAUGCAGCGCUCAGGUGGAGAGCGGUUCAGUUCGUUGGAGGAGCGCUGAAUCCCAGCCUUCAGCUUUUUGUCCGCUGUCCACGAUGUCAGAAGCGUCCUUUGCCUCCUACCACUGGAAGUGAGCUGUGUUAGUCCGCGAAGCUCCUCAGACAUUCUGCCGCAGUAGCAGGAUGUUGGCCCGCAGGACCUCUCCGUUACCAUGGUGAUGGGGCCCUCCAGGGCAGACUCUGUCCCAUACGACGGCAACAUCACGGUGAAGGCGGCUACGCGGUCUGGCGAGUCGCCCGGGGUCUACACCCGGGACCUGGCCAUCGCCGCCCCUGUCUGCUUCACCGGCGGUGUGGUACUGACCCUGAUGGUGGUUUUGAUCUACCAGCGACUGUCCCGGAGGAGGAGAGAGAAGAAGGCGAGGAAGGAGCGAGAGAAGGAGCAGGAGGCGGAGGGAGGGAGAGCGGAGGAGCAGGACUCCAGCGCCUGGGGGAGGCGGAGGGAGCUGGCCUCUCCAGGAGACCGCAGGCCGCCCUGGGACGGCGGGCCGGGCGCUCUGGACCCAUCGAGAGCCGUGGGCGGCGGCGGACAUCUGAAGUGUCCUCACUGCAGAGGGGCGGGGCCGGGGGCCGGGGACCCCCGGGCUGGGGGUCUGGGGGCCCGGGCUGGGGGUCUGGGGGCCCGUGAACCCCGGGUCGGGGGCCUCGGGGAGGGGGGGAACCAGACGAGGAGCGAGCAGGGAGGCGUGGGGGGGAGGUCCGGGAUGCCGCCCCACAGGAGGGCGCUGAUCCCCAACGUGGUGGCCAACGGCGGCCCCGGUCACCCCCCCCCCAGAGACAGAGCCCCCCGGGGCAUCCUGAGACCCCACCCCACGGGAAAGUGCCUGGUUCAGUCCAGGACCCAUGGAGACCUGUCAGGACGAGGCUCAAUCCACUACAGGUCUGAGGAGUCAGGAGACCACUACAAGUCUGAGGGGCCAGGAGACCACUACAGGUCUGAGGGGUCAGGAGACCACUACAAGUCUGAGGGGCCAGGAGACCACUACAGGUCUGAGUGGUCAGGAGACCCAGACCACUACAGGUCUGGGGGGUCAGGAGACCACUACAAGUCUGAGGGGUCAGGAGACCACUACAGGUCUGAGGGGUCAGGAGACCACUACAGGUCUGAGGGGCCAGGAGACCCAGACCACUACAGGUCUGAGGGGCCAGGAGACCACUACAGGUCUGAGGGGCCAGGAGACGACUACAGGUCUGAGGGGCCAGGAGACAACUACAGGUCUGGCCCAGCCCCUCAGGCCAGAGGUUUUCUGUCCAGGCUAAUCUGUGACCACUGCAAUCAAACAUCUGGGGCCAGAGCAGACGAUGUGAGCAGCAGCCAGGAGGGGCUCUCCCUGGGCCCCUCAGAGCGCCCGGCCCUGCCCAAGUCCCGCCCCAGGGCCCGGGGGGCCAGGGACCUCAGCCCCAGAGACAGGAGAGGGAGGAGGAACGUUACCUUCUACCUCGAAAGACCCCUGGAGCCCAGGAGGUCUGGGGACAAGACGAGGAAGAGAGGCGAGGGAGGGAAGAGAGAGGGACGGCAGAGGACCAGAGGUCAUUCCAGGCGGCUGCUGAAGGUCAACCUCAACCUGAGUCCGGUCCGGAGGAACAAAGUCCACCCCGGGAAGUCCUCGGAGAAGAGGAGCUCCAGGGGGGAGGGCCGGGGCCCAGAGGGGAGGAAGGAGAAUGCAUCGGAGGGAGAAGGAGAUCAAGGAGGAGGCCGCAAAGAAAAGAAGAAUGAAACAAAGAUCUCCAAAAACAAGAAGGUAGUGGAGGAGAACAAGACCUCCUCUGAAGAGAAACCCUCCCAACAAAGCUCAGAACUAGACCAAAAGGAUUCUGUUGGGACCACGGACCAAUCAGAAGCCAGCAGAGCUCCUGAGGGCCUGACACCCUCCAAUGAACUGGGACAAGACCUGCAGCUGGGCCCGCCUCCAUGUCCUCCCCCCGCCCCGGCCAGCGUCUCUCUGACCCCCAGCGCAGCCCGCCCUGCAGCACGCCCCUCCCUGCGCGCCCUCCUGCCCCCGGCCCCCACCCUGCUACACCGUCACGCCAACAGUAGCCUGGCUGCUCACGUAGCGUCCCCGGGUCUCCGUGGUCUGACCCCCUACAGGGCCGCUCCUGCCGGCGCCCAGGGCCUGGCUCUCCACAGAGGCUUACGUCAUAGCGCUUCGGCCGCUUCCCUGCUAGCCAGCCCUGGACGGAGCAGACCUCUGCUGGGCCGGGCCGCCAGCACCCCCUCCUUCUACACCGGGCCGCCUGCAGUCCCAGCGCCCAGCACCCAGCCUCUGUCCCCUCCUCAGCCGCCUCCUGAGAGCCUCCCUCCGGCCCCCAGACCCCCCGCUGAGAGCCUCCCUCCGGCCCCCAGACCCCCCGCUGAGAGCCUCUCUCCGGCCCCCAGACCCCCCACUGAGAGCCUCCCUCUGGCCCCCAGACCCCCCGCUGAGAGCCUCCCUCUGGCCCCCAGACCCCCCGCUGAGAGCCUCCCUCUGGCCCCCAGACCCCCCGCUGAGAGCCUCCCUCCGGCCCCCAGACCCCCCGCUGAGAGCCUCCCUCUGGCCCCCAGACCCCCCACUGAGAGCCUCCCUCUGGCCCCCAGACCCCCCGCUGAGAGCCUCCCUCCGGCCCCCAGACCCCCCGCUGACCCACCCCAGGGCCCAGGCCUCCAGGCUGGGCAGGACCGCCCGGCCCAGGGGUCUGUGGCUGGGCGUGGUGGAGCAGGGCCUCCGGGAGAGGCUGGAGGGGGAGAUGGAGACCCCCCAGGGCCCCAUUGGUUGGUGGCUGGAGGCCCAGUAGUGGCCAGCCACUCCGCAAGCGGGGCUCGCCGAGGGGCCCUGACGGCUGCAGGGGAUGCCGAAGGGAGUGUGACCUCGGUACCAGUUGAGGGUGCAGAAGAGGGUGUGGUGUCCUCGCCAGGGGGCGUGGUUUCAUCUCCAAGGGGCGUGGCCACCGCCGGGUCUCAGGCCCUGCUGCAGCAGGAGUACCUGUCAGAAGACAGAGGCUCCUCCCCCAAGAGGAAGUUGAAGCUGGUCCUUCCUGAGAAGGCCUCCAGCAGACCUCCCACGGCUCUGGAGAGGAAGAUACGAUAG